GCCAACUAUUUCACGAUAAUACCUGUGGCGAUAAUUCCAGUACUGGAAUUUGGUGGCUACUAGGUGCCACCCACUGAGUCUCACCAUGACGGGCAACGAUAUGGAGCGACAGGUGUCGCACGUCCCGCCCGUAACGACCGUAUUUGCCGACGGAGAUGUACCCGAUCAUCUCGCAGAGAUGUCCGAAGACGAGGCGGCACUUGCCGCGCUCGGUUACAAGCAAGAGUUCAAACGAGAAUUCUCGGCUUGGACUACUUUCGCUGUCAGCUUCGCCGUGAUGGGAUUGUUACCGAGUAUCGCUACUACCAUGUGGUACGGACUUGGAUAUGCUGGUCCUGCGGCAAAUACUUGGGGAUGGCUGUUGUCUGUUGUGUUCAUUCUAUGUGUCGCUGCCUCGAUGGCCGAAUUGGCAAGUAGUAUGCCUACAUCUGGCGGUCUUUACUAUGCGGCUGCCGUACUUGCGGGUCCGAAAUAUGGCCCAUUCGCGGCCUGGAUUACAGGCUGGAGUAACUGGUUCGUGCAAGUUACCGGAGCUCCCAGCGUUGACUAUGGAUGUGCUGCCAUGAUUCUGGCUGCAGCGUCGAUAGUGUACCCGGAAUACGUACCGACGAACUACCAGACCUUCCUCCUGACGUGUCUCAUCAUGUUGACACACGCCUGUAUCAGCAGUAUGCCGACGUUGUGGAUCGCGAACUUCAAUUCCGUUGGAACCGCUAUCAACAUCCUCUGUCUCCUCAUCGUCAUUAUUAUCAUCCCUACAGCCGCCAUUGGCGACCCGAAGUUCCAGCCUAAUGAAUGGGCGUGGGGUAUUCAAAAUGGAACGGACUGGCCUGAUGGAGUUGCUGUGUUGAUGUCCUUCUUGUCAAUCAUCUGGACCAUGUCUGGCUACGACGCCAGCUUCCACCUUUCCGAGGAAUGCUCGAACGCUGCCAUCGCCACGCCAAGAUCCAUCGUCAUGACCGCGGCGUCAGGAUCCAUCCUUGGUUUCAUUCUAAACACACUCAUCGCAUACACGGUGAAGGAUGUGGGGGAAAUCAUGGACAGUGAUCUGGGCCAACCCUUCGCCGCAUACGUAAUCCAAAUCCUCCCGCGCAACACCGCCCUCGCCGUCCUCGCCAUGACCAUCGUCUGCGCGUACUCUAUGGGCCAGGGGUGCAUGGUCGCCGCGUCGCGGGUGUGCUUCGCCUACGCGCGCGACGACUGCUUCGGCUUCGUUAGCGGGCCCCUGAAAAAGGUCAACCGAUACACGCUUACGCCCGUUAACGCCGUCUGGUUCAACACGACCAUUGGCAUCCUGCUGCUCCUCCUGAUUUUCGGCGACACCGCCAUCGACGCCAUCUUCAGCAUCGGCGCUAUCGCGUCGUACAUUGCUUUCACGACCCCCAUCUUCCUGAAGAUCGUGUUCGUGGGGAACAAGUUCCGCCGCGGACCCUGGCACUUGGGCGCUUUCAGCUUACCGUCCGGCAUCGCGGCCUGCGUCUUCGUCGUGGUGAUGAUGCCCAUCCUGUGCUUCCCGAGCGUGAGGGGCGACGACCUGACCCCGGACGCGAUGAACUGGACGUCCCUUGUCUACGGCGCCCCGAUGGCUUUCGUCGUCAUCUGGUUCUUCGUCGACGCUCACAAGUGGUUCAAGGGCCCGAAGAUCAACAUCGAGCACCACAUGCUCCACCAGCGGCUCAUGGGCGUGGAAGGCGUCGACGCCUCCAAGGGAAGCGUUGCGAGUAGUGGAAAUGGCAAGGAUGCGGAUGUGGAAAGGGGGUCCAUGUCUAAGGCACCAUUGGCCUAGUUCGACAUUGUGAAGGGGGUUGGUUUUUGGCGAGUGUGUUUAUAGUAAGAUAUAGAUUGGGGCUGUUAGAGAGUGAUAGAAUAUACUUCAAUUAUUUAAUACUAUUCAUUUGCUGAAAUAUUGAGAGUCACUUGGAGAAAAUAGAUAUCAUGUUGUCUUCUUGUUCUAUUAUUGAA